UUAAAAAUGGUUACCGAAAAAAAUCCACUUGGAAAUUUUAAAACUUUGUACUUGAAGUUUGAUAAUGAAUGUAAAGAAAAACAUCAGUUAUUUUUUAAAGAACAUUCUGUAAGAAAUCAAGAAGCUCAAUAUCCAAAAGGUAGAACUCUUUUCUUGUUAAAUGUACCACAUUAUGCAACUGUUGAUGCAAUUAAAAAAAAUUUUACAAAACAAUGUGGACCUGUCAAAGGAGUAAAAUUUAAUUCAUCAAGUGGUGGAUCAAAAUCGGCAUAUAUUGUAUUUUCCAAUGAGACUGGACUUGAUAAGGCCUUGAGUUUACCAAAAGAUAAAACUUUUAUCUUAAAUGAUGAUGAUGAAAAUAAUACAGCCAAUGUUGGAUUGAAAAAGUGGAUCAAUGAAUAUAAUAAUCAAAUGAAAACUGAUGAAAAAUCUUUGAAAUUAUCAAUUGAAGAAUAUAUGAUGAAUUAUGAUCAACAAAAUGAUAAGUCUGUUGAUAAAUCAGAUAAGGAUGAUGAUGGCUGGACAACUGUAUCCAGUAAAAAAAAACGUGGACAAUUUGCAACGCAAAGAAAAAAAUCAACGAUUGAUAAAAUUAUAAAAACAGAAAAUCGAAAAGAUAAAAAGAAAAAAUUAGUUAAUUUUUAUACUUUCCAAAUUAGAGAAGCGAAAAAACAAGAAAUUACGGAAAUGAGGAAAAAGUAUGAACUUGAUAAGCUUAAAAUUGAAAAAAUGAAAGCUCAAAGAACGUUUAAGCCAUUUACAUAAAUAAUUAUUAAUUAAACAGAGUUUGAUAGCUGCGGUUAAAUACAAAUGAUAACAAAAAACAUAAAUCUUUUUCAUUUUUUAAUAAAUUAGUAAGUUGAUCAUCACUUGGUGUAUAACAUUUUUGUAAAUAUAAAUAUUUUAACUUGCUCAUUAAUUUAAUGAAAAAAAAAUAAACAAAUGGAUCAUCAACAAUAAAAUGAAUUUAUUACAUAAGAAGACUAGAGAGCACCAGGUCCACCAAGA